AUGGCCCUCAAUCCAGACUUCACACUAUGCGAGGCAUCCCCUGACCAAAUGGACGAAGUCAUGCGUGUGAUGGAAGUUGCCUACCGGAACGAUGGGAUUUGGAAAUUCGUCCGAGAAAACUGCGACGAUGAAGAGCUUCACGAAUGGGUUAUGAAGUGGCUCGCCCCCCGAUGGACUAUGCCCGAUAUUACUACAUAUAUCAUCACAGAGAAGAGUUCUGGGAAGAUUAUAGCGUGGACUGCUCUCCAGUUCCCAUGGAAAUGGCGGACUGAGAAGGAUGCUAAGUUCAUGACUCCCGAGGCUAAAGCCGUAGCCUUGAAUGAAGUAUUGCCGCCAAUUCUAUUAAAAGAAAUGUUCCUUCCUGCGCUGGAAGAAUUCUGGGCGAGCCUAGGGGAGUCCGCAAAGCAUGGUUACAACCCAGAGGAAGAUUACCACCGCAAAGGCACAAUGGUCCAGCCUGAAUUCCAGAGAUUGGGCUUAGGAUCAGUUCUCACGCGGGUCACUAAUGAGAUUAUGGAUGGGAAUCCUGCUAGGACCUGGGCUCCUGCAAGACCGUCGUCUAUCAAGAUGUUCAGGAAUAUGGGCUUCAAAGAUAUCGCUACACAGGACUCACAUCUGGAACGGUGGGGUGGCACGAGAGAAGAUAGUAUCACUUACUUUGUACGUCGGGACCCUUGA